UCCUUCAUAAACAGCCUGCAUUGUUGUAAGUGUUCUUUCAGUUUUGUUCUGAGUUUAUGGAGAAAUCUGAGUCUCAUUUUCAGCACUGUGAAAGGAAGCGAUUACUAACUGGAUCUACAAAGUCAUCUGUUUAACUUUAAAGAAACCUGAAAUAAGGGGGUGAUUACUUUUUAUGAAAGUGAAAGUGAAACUCAUUUCAGGCUGAAGAGAAAAACAACAGCAGCAAAAUAAAAUGUCUUCUAAGUUUUCAGAGGAGGAUUUGUCCUGUCCUGUGUGCUGUGAAAUCUUCAAGGAUCCUGUUGUUCUGCACUGCAGUCACAGUGUGUGUAAAGUGUGUUUGCAGCAGUUCUGGGAGACCAAAGGAUCCAGAGAAUGUCCUGUUUGUAGGAGGAAGUCGUCUCUAGAAAACCCUCCCAUAAACCUGGCCUUAAAGAACCUGUGUGAGACUUUCUUACAGGAGAGAAGUCAGAGAUCUUCAUCAGCGUCUGAAACAGUCUGCAGUCUGCACAGUGAAAAACUCAAACUCUUCUGUCUGGAUGAUCAACAGCCGGUGUGUGUGGUGUGUCGGGAUUCAAGAAAACACACCAACCACAAAUUCUGCCCCAUUGACGAAAGAGCAACAGACUGUAAGGAGGAGCUGAAAACUGCACUGAAGCCCCUACAGGAGAAACUGAAGAUCUUUAAAGACUGUAAACUGAACUGGAGUCAGACUGCAGAACAUAUAAAGAUUCAGGCCCAACACACAGAGUGGCAGAUUAAAGAGGCGUUUGAGAAGCUUCACCAGUUUCUACGAGAUGAAGAGGCAGCCAGGAUCGCUGCACUGAGAGAGGAAGAGGAGCAGAAGAGUCAGAUGAUGAAGGAGAAGAUUGAGAAGCUGAGCAGAGACAUAUCAUCUCUUUCAGACACAAUCGGAGCCAUAGAAGAGGAGAUGAGAGCUGAAGACAUCUCGUUCUUACAAAACUACAAGGACACAGUGAAAAGAGCUCAGUGCACACUGCAGCAUCCAGAGGAGCUUUCAGGAGCACUGAUCCAUGUGGCAAAACAUCUGUCCAACCUGAAGUUCAGAGUCUGGGAGAAGAUGCAGGAUGCUGUCCAAUACACACCUGUAACUCUGGACCCCAACACUGUUCAUCCUGAACUCAUUGUAUCUGAUGAUUUGACCAGUGUGAGACUCAGUGAUGAGAAACAGAAACUUCCUGAUAAUCCAGAGAGAUUUGAUAAAUAUCUGCGCAUCUUGGGCUCUCAGGGCUUUAACUCAGGGACACACUGCUGGGAUGUUGAAGUUGGAGACUGUACACACUGGAUUGUGGGUGUGAUGACAGAAUCUGCUCAGAGGAAGGGGAAUGUAUUCUCAAGAAGUGGAAUCUGGUAUGUGUGGUAUUUUUGUGGUAAAUAUGGAGCACGUUCUACACCACAGACUUUCACUCUCCUCUCAGUAGCACAGAAACUCCAGAGGAUCAGAGUGCAGCUGGACUGGGACAGAGGAAAGCUGUCAUUCUCCGACCCUCUCACUAACACACACAUACACACUUUCACACACACAUUUACUGACAAAUUAAUGCCAUUCCUAAGUGUUAUUGGUAAAGAAUCUCCUCUAAAGAUCCUCCCACUUCAGUGCUCUGUAAGAGUGAAUCAGAUCAGUUAGAGCUGAUAUUGUUUUAUUCCAGGUCAUUAAUGAAAUAUUGCAGAUUAAAAGAUUUAUAUUCUUUGUGAAAGCACUGCACAGUUCAUUGUGUAAUGUUUUUUGAAGAGCUAUGACGUUAUUUCAACUCGUCAGUUAAAUCAAUAUAAUGUGAAAACUGGAAAUAUUGAUAGAAUAUCUUAUUCUGAGUACUAAAAAAUAUAAUAUCUCAAAAUACUGAUACAUCUUGAAAUUCCUGUUUAUUAAAUGACUAACUCCAUCUUUUUCCCACAACUUUCAGUUCAGGAUGAAAUUAAAAUCAUAAACAUUUGUUUAAAUGUAGAAUUUGAAAUCUGAAAUAGAUUUAAUGUUAUUAAUGUAUUUUAAAUAAACUGAGAAUGUCUUUGUCUUUACUGUAUUUGUACUUAUUAGCGCUGUGCUGUUAAUCCUGGGUGAAAUGUUUAGCUGGCUGUGUGUGUUGUGUGUGAAACUGUGCAGUGGAGGAGAAUUCAAGCUCUAAGUUUCCCUCCACCAGCAGUUUGUGGUUUUGCAAAGAUCAGAUGGAUUUAUUCUUUACAAAUUUCCAAAACAUAGGAUGGCAGGAGGAGGCUCAUUAAUAUUCAUGAGCGUAUCUCCCUUAGCUACCGAGCUGGUGUGAUCACUGAGAGAAACUGGGUGAUGUGGAGAUACUGGAGCAUCUUGAUGUUCGGUCGAAAUAGAUGCUAAGAGUGACAGUUAAACACAAGUGAGAAUUAUUGUUAUAGUCUGACUGUGUAUUAGCCAUUUUUAUAUUUAGGCUAAUUGUAGAGAUUUAUGUUUAUUUUGUUCUCGGUCUUAAACAAUAUUCACCAAGAUUGUGUUUUACGUCUCCUUCUGAGUCAGGUUUAAGCUAGUUUUAAGUUCUUAUUCCCAUUAUUAUAUCUAUUGUUGUAAUUACUUAUAAGUGAUGCACUUGCUUUUUGCUCAUAAUACACCAUGAAUAUAUUUAUAAAGAUGCAGGCCACAUUGUUAUAAUGUUAUUAUAUUAUAGUUUUAAUGAUUUAUUAGUAAUGCAGAUUUAUUUCAAUACCCAAUAAGUGAAUUAUUUUAUACUGUUGUUGAUAGAUGUGUUGUGCUGCCUUAGAAAUAUUUAUUUUGAGUGGUAAUACAAUUACUGACCUUUAUAAAUGUGUCACUGAUGGCUUUAAGUAAAGUGAAAGCAUA